AUGAAAAAGCAGGGUACUCACCUGAACGCCCUAAAUGACAUUAACCACCAAAAUGAGGAGACAAAGCACAACUACGUGAAUUCCAGCGUGGACAAUCACAAGUAUUGGCAGUACAACACCCUCCUUCUUUACAAUGUGAUUAUGAUUUACACGUGUGAAUGGCCCUCGCUCUUUAUCGAGUGGGUGCCCAAUGUGUGCAGGAGUGAUGAUGAUGUUUACAACCAGGACCUCAUCCUGGGUACCUACACCACGGAGAAAAACAACUACAUAUUGAUUCUGGAGGUGAGCCUGCCGAGUGAAGAGUUGUCGCACUCGAACUUCUACUACGAAAAGAUAAACAAUUACCGACACAACUCCUGUAACGAUACGAGCAAAAAUUUCAAAAUGAAAAACAAAAUAUAUCACGAAUGUGAAAUCAACAAAAUUACAUGUAGUCCAAAAAACAAAGAUGUGAUUGCCUGCUUCUCCGCCGAUGGAAAUAUAAACAUAUUAAACUUAAGUAACUACAGAUAUGAAGAGAAUGAGACGAAAAAUAAUUCCGUUGUUUCUUUUGAUUACACACUGAAGGGUCACCUCUACCAGGGUUGGGGUAUUCAAUGGGGUGUGGAUAAUAAUUUAAUUUCUUCCUGUGCUGAUGAUUCGUAUUUAUGUAUAUGGGACAUAAAUGCAAGUGCUUCCUGCGCGACGAGCACCGCGAAUGUGGCUGCUCCGUCGGUUAAUUGCUGCUGGAAAGACAAUAAUGUACUGACCGUAUCGGAUAAUGGACAUAUACAUAUUUACGACAUUAGAAAUAAAAGUGUAGUGAAUUCGAUCAAAGCUACCAACUGCACUUUAAACUCCAUCGAUGUGAAUCCACAUAAUAAAAAUAUAUUCGCGACAGGGGGUACGAAUAAAGAAAUUGAUUUAUGGGACAUUCGAUUCACUAAUAAAUCGCUUCAUAGAAUCAUAUCACACAAGGAAACGAUUAUAAAGCUACAGUGGGAUAAAUAUCAACCCGGUAUUUUAUCUUCCUCCUCUAGUGAUAAAUACAUUUAUUUUUUUGAUACGAACAAAAUUGGCAUUGAGCAGACAUAUGAGGACUCGCAGGACGGCCCCCCUGAACUUAUUUUCAUUCACGGUGGCCACGCCUCUAACAUCUUGGACUUCUCCCUCAACUCGUCCUACUCCAUGAUGAUCUCCUCCAUCAGCGAAGACAACACGUUGCAUAUAUGGCAGCCCUCUAGACAGGCCUACGAGGAUGCCUCGGACACAUACGACGAUACCGAAGUGGAAUAG